GACAUGGCUGAGAUUGUCCGCACCGAAUAAUUUUUUCUCCUGGUGUAAAACGAAAGCUAAAAAAAUGGACGGAACGGAAGUGGCUGAGAAUUCGAUUACGUGGAUCCCGAUCCGUCACUUCACUUCACUUCACUUUUCCGUUAGAAAUUAGAAUCGUUAACUCCUUCACUCUCAGCCUAGUAGUAGAAGAAGUAGUAGGGUUUAACCGUUUAAUAUUAUUAUAACCAAAUCAUUCUAUUUCGCAAACACUUUCGAAAAUCAUUUUCAACCACAAUCCACACUAGCAAUGUUUGUUCGAAUCUUUGUUGUAGGGAAUUCAUGAUGUUGCCAAGGUGGAGCCGAGCCAUUGCUAAUCUUUCGAGAGCUGGGUUGCAAAGCAACUUGAAGUACGGAAAUGACUGCUCCAAUGUUGUUUUGCACCGAAGCUAUGCCAAGGUUGCUGCUGUCGAUUCGGUUCAAAAAGGUUUCCCGAAUCAACCUUCGAUUAAUUUAAAUAAAAUGUUUUGGUCUAAGCCCUGUUCAUUGGCUUUGGCCGCGGACUCUCCUCUGAGAGUUGAAGAACCAAAGUAUGAGGGCAUUAAGCAUGCUAUCUUCAAGCUGUUGCUGUUUUAUAGUAAACAAAGCCAGUCUAUUCGAGGGGCAAAUGUGGUAUACAAGAGAAUCAUUUCACAAGUUGAGAAACCUCUCAUUUAUGAAGUAUUUAACUUGGAGAAAACAUUCAAAACAACAUUCUCUUUGCUUGUACUUCAUAUGUGGCUUUGCUUACGCCGCUUGAAACAAGAGGGAAAGGAAGGUGUUGAACUUGGGCAGCACUUGUAUGAGAUUUACAAUCACGAUGUGGAGAUGAGAGUUUCAAAGGCUGGGGUUAACUUACUGUUGCAUAGAUGGAUGAAGGAUCUGGAGAAAAUAUUCUAUGGAAACAUUGUUGCCUAUGAUUCUGCAAUUCUUCCAGAGGCUAAACAGAAUGAGCUAUCAAAUGUGAUAUGGAGGAAUAUCUUUUCUGAUGAUGGUUCAUUGCCACCAAAUGAUGCUGCAUCACAGACAGUCCAGGCAAUGGCAAGGUAUGCUCGCCGGGAAGUUAGCUGCCUGUCCUUAACCGACAAAGAAGCUAUGUUUUCCGGGAACUUCACGUUUACCUCGUUAGAGACUGAGAAGAAUUCAAAGGGGCGUUAAGUGAGAAUGCAUUGAAUGAU